AUGACGCUCAAGGAAGUUAAGGAUGGAGUCCAGGAAUUGAUAGAGGAUUCUGCUGCACAAAAGGUGCGCGAAAAAGCCAAGGAACGUCGAAAGUUUCUUCAAUGGAUGAGCACCGUGUCUUGUGAUGACAAGCACGCUACCUGCCAUGGCCAGCGAAACCAUGGGACCGCUCGUUGGAUUUUCCAUAUCGAUGAGUACAAGACCUGGAAUACAUCGGAUCACGCAUUUAUAUGGUUGAAUGGCCAGCCUGGACACGGAAAGACAAUUCUUGCUUCCUCCGUUAUCGACGAAAUUCAGGGUAGCGGUGAAGCAGAGCCACAGACGCUCGGUUACUUCUAUUGCAACUUCCGAGACGACAGGACGACAAAUGCAGCUGCAGUUUUGCGCUCCUUGGUUGCUCAGCUGCUUCAACAAUCUCGAGACGACUGGAUCACCAAGAUACGCGAACCAGGGCCGCAAGAAGAAGGGGAUCUUACUUCUCUGCGAAACCUCUGGCAGCUACACAGCAACAAAAAGCCGCAUCCCACAGAUCUCGGAUAUCUACGAAAGCUUCUGGUUGAGGCAUCUACGCUGGUUCGCCGACCUGUCCUCGUGAUUGACGCCCUAGACGAAUGCAAGGACUACUCCGACCUGGUCAGACAUCUCGUAAACCUUGCCGAAGACGCUCUACUACGACUUUUCGUCACCAGCAGAAGUGAGCAAGACAUCAAAAAAGCUUUCCACCAUCUCCCCACCGUGUCGCUGGGGGACAGCGUUAAACAAAUGAAAGCAGAUAUAGAUCUGCACAUCGCAGAGCAGCUGAAGACUCAAGAACGCCUAUCAGGCCUACGCAAAACACUCAGAACGACUAUUUUCAACAAAUUGUCAGAAAAAGCGAAAGGCAUGUUUCGCUGGGUUCAGUGUCAACUGGACGUCCUUAUGAAGUGCAAAACAUCUGGCAGUAUUCAGAAAGCCCUCGACGACCUUCCAAAAGACCUGCACGAAACUUACGACAGGAUCCUUCACUCCAUUGAAGAAAGAGGGGGAGACGAUGGCCCGAUUUCCCAGCGUUGCCUGCUUUUGCUGGCCGGCACGUUCACCCCUUUGACGCUUGACCAGCUCGAUGAAGCGAUGAUGAUUGAAGUUGGGUGCCCAAGUCUCAAUGAGGACCUUCGCGUUUUGAACACUAUGGAUAUCGUGGCCGCGUGUGGAAGCCUCGUGACCUACAAUGAGAAAACUAGUGUCGUCGCUCUGUCUCAUUAUAGUGUCAAAGAAUACUUGAUCAGUCGCCCUAAUAACAUCUGUAAAUCGGUCUCAGACAUGCAUGCUCGUAUUUGCGAGCUCUUGAUUACGUAUGUGUUAUGCAACUUUGUGGAUGAGAUCUGCGCAAAACUUGAGCUUGAAGAUAAACGUCUAGCUACACAACACCAAUCAUAUUGGCCACCUCAUGCUAAUGUUGCCGAUAUCAGCAAAGACCAUCCGUUGCUCAGCUACGCAAUUCAAGGAUGGAAGCACCUUGAACAUGUUUCAGAUGAGGAUCCUUACAUUAUGACCGCCCUGUCACGGCUGAACUCAGAGUUUCUUCGAAACACCAAGAAACAUCGCGUGCUUGCAACUGCAGAAAGGCGGGCGAUUGGGGAUGCACUUAUGUGGUUACGUGCCGAUGUGACUUUACCCUCACUUCUAUUCAUCCCGCUUUUUCAUGGAAUGCCCUGGAUGGUCGAAUUCAUUGUCAAGCGGCACCCCCAUCUACUGCACGAGGAUAUUGCCCCUCAUUGGGGUUCUCCCUUGAUUUUUGCCAUAGCCGAGAAGCCCGACUUCCUCGGUAUUCUCCUGAAGCUGGGCGUCGAUCUCAACAAGCUUUCUUCCUUCCAACAUGGCACAUAUCGCUCAUGCUGGGUUAGCUUCCCCCAAUAUGCUCCAAUUACAUGGGCAACUGCAAUUGGAAGGGAGGACAUUGUGGAUUUCUUGCUGUCACAAAGGGAAGUCGACGUACCUGAUAACAUUAUGUACGUGGCCGUUAACGCGUCGGAGCUGUCGACCGAAAUUAUCCGCAAACUUUGUCAACGCCGCGUUGAUGGCUACCCCGCAACCUAUGGUUCUACUCCUCUCCAUGCUUUCCUCUCCCGAUUGGAUUACCACAAUAUUAGAACCCAAUGGCUACCCAUCGUACAAGCGCUCGUUGAGCCGUCUUGUGAUCUUUCUUUACAGGACCGGACUGCGAGAACAGCAUUGCACAUUGCUCUUGAUCAAUAUAUGAAAGAUGUUGUCGUAUACCUCCUUGAUCAUAAUGCAGGGCUGUCAGCAACGGCGACUCUCCAUCCAAACAUGUGGAGCUUUUCUAAAAAUGAGACGUGGUUUCCCAAGGUUGAAGCAAUGGCUCUCGCUGCGGGUAGACCAUAUACUAGAGUCAAAGGGAAGGUUGUUAAUGCUACGAUGAAGUCCCAACUCGUCGAAUUUUCAGUUGCAGUCACUGCCGACGGCGACAAUCCUCAUCCGGUUUGUGCUGUCGUUGUUUCAGCGGUACUCAAUGGCUGGACGUUCAGCUACAAAUACUUCAGUGCCGACCUUUCAUAUUGUAAUCAGUCACUUCAAAAGGACAUCCAAGAUUCCCCGAAAGAUGAUUCUUCCAGACUUAAGCUCCACUUUCUAUGGGAGUCAGGCAAGAACCAUGUCUGUAGUCGCUUGUUUGACUAUCAUCAGGAAGCCAAAGUUACCAGGAUGCUACAACACUUAAACGAAGAUAAAGACUCGAUUGGAACAUCCGUUUUUCUUCAGACGUCAGAGGACGAGCGGAAUACCGAAGUCUUUAAACUUGGGGUCGAGUUCAUACUCGACAUCUACAGAGGUCCUUUGCCUUAGUCUUGAGGAUACUAUACAAGCAGUCAUCGAUCAUCUGGGUUCGUGAGGAGACAUACGCUACGGUGCUUAUUUAUCUGCUAUGUUGGUUUAUUUUCGAGCUUCUUCGAGAUUGUGAACAUACUCUGGUAUCGCAACUCCUUGUACAAGCGUCGUCUGGAUUCAUGUAAACCCUAGCCCCCACCUUUCUUAUGACUGUCAUCCUUCUGCUACAUGUCUGGCUAGGGAGGCUACUAUUAUACACCUACUGUAUUGCUCAAAGUAUUAAACAAC